CAUUAGCAAUCGCUCAAUCUUUCUCAGAACCAAACCUUCUUCUUGUUCAAACUUGAUGCUUUGAGCUAAGGUCGUGUACUAAAGCUUCUCACAUUCUCUUCUGUCUGAAUCACUUGCGUUGGUUUUUGCAUGUUGAAGAAUGAUGUCUGGUGAUGGUGAUGAUGAUGAUGAUGAACUUUCCUCUGGCGGCUCUGGAGACGAAGUACACGUCAUUAACGGACACAACAAGCGUAUUCCGACAGCACCUUCUGGUGGUUCUGUACCGUCUCGCAGGAGAAACCGCAAGGCUGGUGGUGUUGCCAUAGUUGAAGCCAUGUUAGAACUCGCAGCAGCUUCCAAAAUGAGAGCAGCAGCUUUGACUAAAAAGAACGGUGAUAACUUACAAGAUUCUUCCACUAGUAGCAUCGAUUUCGACAUAGAACUAGAUGAGAUGGAACUAGUUGCUGCAGCUGCUGGCUACUUGUACUACCAAAGUCUAGUAAACCAACCUCCGGGAACUUCGCCUUCUACAAGAGGUACAUAUUUAAAAGACUUGCUACAAGGACCCGUUGAAGAUUGCAGAGAAGUGCUUCGGAUGGAUAAGCGUCUGUUUCACAAACUAUCCGACACUUUUAGAGAGAAAGGACUGCUGAGAGAUACCAUCACUGUUCUGGUGGAAGAGCAGGUUGCUAUUUUCUUAAGCAUUAUAGGUCAUAACCAGCGAAUCAGAGUUAUACAAGAGAGGUUCCACCUCUCUUGUGAAACCAUUAGCCGCCAUUUCAACAAUGUGUUGAAGGCGGUUAAGGCGGUGUCACGCGGUUUUUUUCAGCCACCGGUUUUGGAAACACAUGAAGAUAUAGUCAGUAGCAAAAGGCUUUAUCCAUAUUUCAAGGAUUGUAUUGGAGUUAUAGAUGGCUUGAAGCUUCUUGCUAACCUUCCUAUAAAAGACCAGCCUCGGUUUCAGAACAAGAAAGGGAUACUUACACAGAACGUGCUUGUAGCUUGCAACUUUGAUUUGGAGUUUAUAUUUGUAUGCCCUGGAUGGGAAGGCUCCAUCAACGAUUCACGCAUCUUAAGAGCAGUCCUGGAUGAUCCAAACCAGAACUUCCCUCGACCUCCCAAAGGGAAAUACUAUCUUGUUGACAGAAACUACACAAACACAGAAGGGUUCAUUGCUCCAUACCAAGGAGCUAGGUACGGUCUCCACGAGUACCGUGGCGCACGCCAGAUGCCGCAGAACGCUCAUGAUCUUUUCAACCAUAGGCACAUGUGUCUAAGCAACGUUAUACAAAGAUCAGUCAGCAUGCUGAAAACUCGUUUUCCAAUCCUGAAAUCAGCGCCUCCUUACCAUUUUCAAGUCCAGAGAGAUCUGAUGAUUGCGACGUGUGCUCUGCAUAAUUUCAUUAAAAGGGAAGACGGAGUUGGCGACUGGCUCUUUGCUGCUGAAGGUAAAGAAGCUGCUGCUGCAGAGGAGGAAUCUCGUGGAGAAGAGGAAGAAGAAGAGCUAGAGUUGCUGCACAUGGAUUCUACUACCCCUAGGGAGCUUGUUGCUGAUUCUCUACGAGACUCCAUUGCAUUUACUAUGUGGGAUGACUUCAUGAACAAGUGGGAAGAGUGGUAGAUUUGUUAACUAAGUGUAAUCUUUCUGUUGCGUUUAUGUAAUAACAUGAAUGUGCUAAUGAGUUUGAUUUAUGUUUAUAUUAGUUUUAACAAGAA